AUGGCCAGCUCGAGGCUACACCUCCUGCUAUUGCUGCUGCUGCUGACUGCCCAUCCUGGACCCUCACGGGCUCAGCAUUGGUCCCACGGCUGGUAUCCCGGAGGAAAGCGAGCCUCCAGCUCAUCCCAGGACCCCCAGAGUGCCCUCAGGCUCCCAGCAGGUAGCCCACCCCAAAGUGCCCAUGGCUUCCCAAGUGACGCUAUGGCAUCCUCUAAGGACCUUAUGCCCUGGAAGGGCAGGACCAUGGCCCUCCACAGGAAGCAGCACUUGGUGCAGACACUAUUGAAUGCAGCCCGAGCGCCGCGUCCCGCCGCCUUCGAAUAA